GCCCAUGGAAGAAAGGGUGAAAGGUACCCGCCGGCCGAAUCUCCUGGCAAUUCUUGUGUUUGGCGGACUCGGAAGGCAAGUCGGGCGGAGAUUCAUCCGCUCAUUGCCAAGUUUCCGGGGCUGUGGAAAACGAGCGCUGGGACAUGGACAGCCGCUUGCAAGAGAUUCGGGAGCGGCAGAAGCUACGGCGACAGCUCCUCGCCCAGCAGCUGGGAGCGGAAAGUGCGGACAGCAUCGGGACCGUGUUGAACAGCAAGGAGGAGCAGCGGGAGAUAGCGGAGACCAGGCAGGCCUGCAGGUCGCCGGAGGGUUUGCUGUUACUGCGUGUUAACACUGUCAGAGGAUCGGUGUUUCAGGCGUCCUACGAUACCUCUGCUCCAAAUGCAAAGCGAAAGUGUCAGGAUGAAGGAGAUACAGACGAAGACAAAAUGGAAGAAUAUAAGGAUGAGCCGGAGAUGCCGCAGGAGGACGGGAACCUUCCCUACGAGGAAGAGAUUUACAAAGACUCCAGCACUUUCCUCAAGGGAACGCAGAGCUUGAACCCCCAUAACGAUUACUGCCAGCACUUCGUGGACACUGGACACAGACCUCAGAACUUCAUCAGGGACGUAGGUUUGGCCGACAGAUUUGAAGAAUACCCCAAGCUGAGGGAGCUCAUCAGGCUGAAGGACGAGCUGAUAGCUAAAUCGAACAGUCCUCCCAUGUACUUACAAGCGGACAUCGAAGCCUUUGACAUCAGGGAGCUGACGCCCAAGUUCGAUGUGAUCCUUCUGGAACCUCCCCUGGAAGAGUAUUACCGCGAGACCGGCAUCACCGCCAACGAGAAGUGCUGGACGUGGGACGAUAUCAUGAAGCUGGAGAUCGACGAGAUCGCAGCGCCGCGCUCCUUCAUCUUCCUCUGGUGCGGCUCCGGCGAGGGGCUGGACCUGGGGAGAGUGUGUUUACGCAAGUGGGGUUACAGAAGGUGUGAAGAUAUUUGUUGGAUUAAAACCAAUAAAAACAAUCCUGGGAAGACAAAGACUUUAGACCCCAAGGCUGUCUUCCAGAGAACAAAGGAGCACUGCCUUAUGGGGAUCAAAGGGACCGUGAAGCGUAGCACCGACGGGGACUUCAUUCACGCCAACGUGGACAUCGACCUGAUCAUCACGGAAGAACCAGAAAUCGGCAAUAUAGAGAAGCCUGUAGAAAUUUUUCACAUCAUUGAACACUUUUGUCUCGGUAGAAGACGCCUUCAUCUGUUUGGAAGAGAUAGUACCAUUCGACCAGGCUGGCUCACAGUGGGACCGACGCUGACAAACAGCAACUACAACGCAGAGACGUACGCAUCCUACUUCAGCGCCCCCAAUUCCUAUCUGACGGGGUGUACAGAAGAGAUCGAGAGACUUCGGCCCAAGUCACCCCCUCCCAAGUCUAAAUCCGAUCGGGGCGGCGGGGCUCCCCGUGGUGGAGGAAGAGGAGGAACGUCUGCCGGCCGUGGACGGGAGCGGAACCGGUCCAACUUCCGAGGGGAGAGAGGUGGCUUCCGGGGGGGCCGAGGCGGGGCACACCGCGGCGGCUUUCCACCUCGCUAACUGCGAGACCCCGUCCUGUUAAGGCCCCUUCGCCGUCUGCGCUGUAGCUGGAACUUCACUGGGAGACUUUGCUUAGGACCGCGUUCCAGCCUGCACUUCGCUUAGCCGACCCUGUGGCUGUCACGCACUGUCCAGGAUAAGGGUCUCCCCCUGCCUUUCGUCACGUGCGUGCAACCAGACAGCACGGAGCAGCACGGACGCCUUCACGUGCAGAGACUGGCCGCGUCCUGAGGGACGGGCUGCUGCUGUCAAGUGGCUGAGUGGACAGAGACCGUCCAAGCCUCGCUGGCCGGCCUGCCGUCACCACCAGCAGCUGUCUGGGCCUCUGCGGAGCGCGGACCACAGGCCGUACGCUCUCGUAGGUUCUGACGUUUUCUCGACAAAAAAGAGACUUUUUCUUUGUCUUUUUCAUUCUUACACUCAGAUAUAAUUCAGCUUUGGAGGAAAUUGAAAGACUUGGAACGAAAUCACCUCCCAGAUUGAAAUCUGCUGGGAGGAGGAGCUCCCGGCGGUGGGCGGAGGAAGGGGCCGGGAGGCCGACCGGACGCCCAUCGGGACCGCGGUGGCCUCGCCGUGGACCCUCAGCCGCACUCCCUGGGCAGCAGGCGGGACCGUGUCGGGGCCUCGGGCUCGACCAGCUCCAGUGGUCUCAGCACAAGGAGCAUUGAAGCAGCAAGAGACACGCGGCCCCGGGUCCCAGGGUCCGCACCAGGGAGCAGGUCCUCGGGGUGAGGCAGUGGCACAUCCUGAACCUCUCACAGGAACCAGGUGACUCCGGCACCUCCCCUAAGGGGACGCUGGGCUCUGCAGCUCCGCUGCUCAGGUGACGUGCGCCGGGCGCGGCUGGUCGGCUCGUGGGACAUUUUGGUUCUCUGUGCCGGACUCAUGCUUCACAUGAAUUCAGGACUGAGAUACCAUUAUUGCUCUUGAUAAAUACCUUUAUUUUGUGUAUGAUUUUUCUAA